AUGGUUGUCGCCUCCAUCGCCAUGCCCAACUGGAUCGACUACGCGGUGACGACGGCCAAGGGCGACACCAUCCGCAAAACCAUCGGCCUGCAUCGGACCUGCUCGACGCUCGACGGCUACCGCUGCGGCCCGUUCCCGACCCGGGCGCUCUGCCAGUCGGAACAGCGCUACUUUUGCACCCUAUGGCGCAGUACGGGCUGGCUGGCGUCCUUUUCCGUCGUCCUUGGCCUCGCGGGCUUCGUGGCGUUUGGCGCCACUCUCGGCGGCGGCAAGUACAAGCGCGAGAGCGGCUGGCCGUUUGUCGCGGGCCUGAUUGCGGUGUUUGCAGCGGUACAGCUAGUUGUGAUUUCCGUCGUGGCAUAUCUGUUCGACCACGAUGAUCAGUUCUCGAUCCCAGGAUGGCACAUUGGCACCUCGUGGUACUUGGCGCUGGCUAGUGCGCUGCUGGGCAUCGUCACGGUGGUGGGUUUGGUGUUGAGUGCGUACUUGCUGCCUUCAGAGGACGGCUACGAGUUCCUGGAUGAACCCGCAGAUGCAUGA